AUGGUUUAUCUUCUGAAGCUGUUGAAAUCCAAUCCAGACUCUAGUAUUCCUAGUGUUUCUCUAGCUCAAAUAGGUAGCAACUCUAGUGCUUUCUCUUGUCAUUCUAGUCUUACACCUUGGAUCAUUGAUUCAGGUGCAUCUGAUCAUAUGGCAAAUCUCUCUCAUGUAUUUCAUUCUUAUUCCCCUUGUUCUAGUCAUAAAAAAGUUAGAAUUGUAGAUGGAAAUCUUUCAUCAAUUGCAGGGAAAGUAUUAAUGGGUGACGAUCAUGUUGAGCUCAAAAGUAUUAAGAUAGUCCUUGCUGAUGACUUUGAGAUCAAGGACUUGGGAGUCUUAAAACAUUUUCUUCGAAUAAAGUUUGCCAGGUCUAAAAAGGGCAUCAUUAUGUCUCAACAAAAAUAUGUGUUGGAUCUUCUUGAAGAGACAGGUCUACUCGGUUGUAAGGCAACAGAGACACCAAUUGAACCUAAUUUGACGCUCUAA